CGUGAUGAAGUAUUAAAAGGAAAACAUACAUUAAAGCAUUAUGGUAUUAAAGUGGGUGUUGAUGACCAAGAUAUACUUAUGGAUGAUUCACAAGAGUGGCAAUCAUCAUCAUCAAGUGAUUCAGAAACUGAAAAACAUUAA